AACGCGAAGCCCACACAGCCGCGCCGGUCCGCCCCUCCUCUGGUCUGUCACGCUCGGCGGCUCCCGCGGGAGGCUCCUCGCUCCCUCCCGCAGCCUCACGCCGCGAGCAGGAGGCAGGCGGCCGCGGGGAGCGGAGGGAGCCGGGGACGCCCCGCAGCCCGGCCGCGCCGCGGGUCCCCGCCGCCUGCCCCGCCGGUUGAAUAUUACAGCUGCACCUGUACUUGGGCUUUUUCUGCUGAUGUCCAACACACAAUAGAUAUUCUAAACAGUAUUCAGCAGGUCCCUCUGCAGCAUAACAGCAAUCCUUCUUUGAUACAAGAUGGAGGAGACAUACAAAGAUAGGACUUCAUUAGUGAAAGGGGCAAAAGAUAUUGCCAGAGAAGUGAAGAGGCAAGCAGUAAAAAAAGUUAAUAAAGCUGUUGACAAAGCUCAGGAUGGCUACACACAGAGGUCCUACAACAGGUUCCAGGAUGAGGAAGAUGAUGAUGAUUACUAUGUCCAAGGAGGAAAUUAUGGUGUAGAAGCUAAUGAUGAUGAAGGAUCAAGUGAAGCAACUGAAGGGCAUGAUGAAGAUGAUGAAAUUUAUGAAGGGGAGUAUCAGGGAAUCCCUAACAUGGGGCAGGGCAAGGAUGGCAUAGUGGCCUUAGGCCAGCCUAUGCAUGAUGAAUAUAAGGAUCGUCAUGAACUGGAAACAGAGAGGAAAGCCGAUGAAGAAGAGCUAGCACAGCAGUACGAACUAAUAAUACAAGAAUGCGGCCAUGGUCGUUUCCAGUGGGCCCUCUUCUUUGUGUUAGGAAUGGCCCUAAUGGCUGAUGGGGUUGAAGUUUUUGUAGUAGGAUUUGUGUUGCCCAGCGCUGAAACAGAUAUGUGUAUCCCCAAUUCUGGGUCAGGAUGGCUUGGUAGCAUAGUGUACCUUGGGAUGAUGGUGGGGGCAUUCUUCUGGGGAGGAUUGGCAGACAAGGUGGGAAGGAGACAGUCACUCCUGAUAUGCAUGUCUGUCAAUGGAUUCUUUGCCUUCCUUUCAUCAUUUGUCCAGGGCUAUGGCUUCUUCCUCUUCUGUCGCUUGUUUUCUGGAUUUGGGAUUGGUGGAGCUGUGCCAACAGUAUUCUCCUACUUUUCGGAAGUGCUUGCACGGGAGAAACGAGGUGAACACCUGAGCUGGCUCUGUAUGUUUUGGAUGAUUGGUGGCAUCUAUGCCUCUGCAAUGGCUUGGGCAAUAAUUCCUCAUUAUGGAUGGAGUUUCAGCAUGGGCUCUGCCUACCAGUUCCACAGCUGGCGAGUAUUUGUGAUCGUCUGCGCACUGCCCUGUGUCUCUUCCGUGGUAGCCCUCACCUUUAUGCCAGAAAGCCCACGGUUCUUGCUGGAGAUUGGAAAACAUGAUGAAGCUUGGAUGAUACUCAAGCAAAUACAUGACACAAACAUGCGAGCCCGUGGUCAGCCUGAGAAAGUCUUCACAGUUAACAGAAUCAAAACUCCAAAGCAGAUAGAUGAGCUCAUAGAAAUAGAGAGCGAUACAGGAACCUGGUACAGGAGGUGUUUUGUUAGAAUUCGUACAGAGCUAUAUGGUAUUUGGUUGACAUUUAUGAGAUGCUUCAACUACCCGGUGAAGGAUAAUACAAUCAAACUUACAGCUGUAUGGUUCACCUUGUCUUUUGGCUACUAUGGCUUAUCUGUCUGGUUUCCCGAUGUCAUUAAACAUCUGCAGUCAGAUGAGUAUGCGUCCCGAGUGAAACAUUUCCGCAAUGAGGAGGUUUCACAUUUCGUCUUCAACUUCACACUGGAAAAUCAGAUUCACAGCAAUGGAGAAUACAUCAAUGACAGGUUUAUUAUGAUGAAGUUUAAAUCAGUAACCUUUGAAGAUUCACUCUUUAAGAACUGUGUGUUUGAAGACAUCACUUCACUGAACACAUACUUCAGGAACUGUACUUUCGUGAAUACCACCUUCUACAACACAGAUCUCGAGCAAUAUAAAUUUGUUGACAGCGAAUUGAUAAAUUGCACAUUUUUCCACAUCAGAACAGGAUGCCAGAUUUCUUUUGAUGAUGACUACAGCGCCUACUGGAUUUACUUUGUUAAUUUCCUGGGAACUUUGGCAGUGUUACCAGGGAAUAUUGUGUCCGCUCUCCUGAUGGAUAGAAUUGGACGGUUAACAAUGCUAGGUGGUUCCAUGGUUCUCUCUGGCAUCAGCUGUUUUUUCCUGUGGUUUGGGACCAGUGAAUCCAUGAUGAUAGGUAUGCUGUGCCUCUACAACGGCCUCACCAUCUCAGCAUGGAAUUCUUUAGAUGUCAUUACUGUGGAGCUGUAUCCUACAGACAGAAGGGCAACAGGCUUUGGCUUUUUGAAUGCACUAUGCAAAGCAGCAGCUGUACUUGGAAACUUAAUAUUUGGUUCCCUUGUUGGUAUCACCAAAGCAAUCCCUAUUCUCCUUGCUUCUACUGUUCUAGUGUGUGGAGGUCUGGUAGGACUUCGGCUUCCUGACACAAGAACCCAGGUGUUGAUGUAACCGGAAAAAGCCAUUUACUAUUUAUUUCCUUCUUCGUACAAAUGUCAACUCUCCUGACCGAUGGUGCAAAGGCUUCAGAUUCUCAAUGCUUAGUAGAGUGCUCAGAUGUCAGAAAUCGAACUUAAUGGAUACUUUGGAGUGGCAGAGAUUUAGAAACCUCUGUAUGGAAGUUUUAAAUGUCACUUUUUUUUGCUUGCAUACAUUGCUACUCAAAAGCACUUAACUUCAAACUGCAAAGCUACCUCUUAAAACACUUUUGGUGAUAUGUCCAGGAAGGUAAAAACUAUACUGAUAAUUAGAUAUUUAAAAAGCAAGUAGUCAUACUAUUUAAGAAAAUACAUGCUGAAUUUGGCCAUGGCAUUGUGAGCUUUUGUAACAGUACAGACGUGCAAGUCAAUUAUUUAGCAGUAUUGGUGCAGAGAAUUUUAAUGUAUCAAUGCAUGCAGCAUUAAUCAGGAAACUCUACAGACUGCAUCAGGACUGAGAAUACUGACCUUCUGCAGCUGUGUUUAGAUGGUAAAAACGUGUGGCAAUGCCUCUUUCUUGGGGAACCUUUUUAGGCACAGUCAAUCUAAAGUACAGAUUUCCAGCUACACCCCUUAUUUGCUGCGUAGAAGGCAACCGCUAUCGCAGGGAGUUGAAAAGCCCAUAUGGAUAAGAAGCAAAGAGAAUAACAAACACUUUCACUCUUUGCUGCUGAUCCUCCAGAAAAAUUUUGGUUUCUUCUCACUUGUGACAUCUGGAGUAUUUAUGCCAUUUUAAAACAGUGAAUUUGCCUUAAUGCAGCAGUGAACCAGUGCAAAUAUUUAUGUUGUUGUUAAGUAUGAAUAAAGGAAGAAUCAGGCCAGUGAACUAUAUGAAAGUAAAAUGCAUUCAGAAGUUUGUUUGGCAUUUACACUUUUAAUGAAUUUUUCUUUGUCACAGAAUGGUUAUAAAAAUGGUUAUAAAAAUAUGUGGCCAUAGAAUGCCACCUAGUAAAUUUAGUCAGGUCAUAAAUUCAAUAUAGUGUAUAAUGUAAUUAAAACAUCUCAUUAUUUUUUUUUUAAAUAAUACUAAAACAAAAAAAAGCAAUAAUAAAAAAACACCAUUUUUUUCACAGUUUACACAUUUCUUUAUAUAACCAUUUUCUCAGCUGAUUUCUAAUAGUUCUAGAGAUAUCUCACCACUUUCAAGUAUCUCUCUGAAAGGCCAUUAAGAAAGAGGCCAUGGCAAGGCUGCAGGGAGUGGUAAUGUUUUUAUUAGACCAAGUGCAAGGAUGGAGAGCAAAUGGUAGUAAAUAUAUUCCUUCUAAACAAUGUGCUGUGGACUGUUCUGGAUUACAGUGAAGAGUUCACACAGUCCUACUGCUAUGCAAAAGGCUAUGGGACAUCUUUAAAAUGUUAGCAUUAAAGACUUAAUACAAAUAUAUUUAUAAAAUUAAUAGACAAAAUGGGCUGAUACUCUGAUGACAGAAACUGGCAUUGCUUUCAGUGGAGCUAAGACAACUUCUAUCAGCUGAUAAACUGUCUGCAGUUUCAAGUUUCAAAGAAAAAAUCUGGUAAAGAAAUAAGAAAAAAUUUAUCAAUAUUUUUUCUAAUUAUGCCUGACAACAUUUAUUAGGUGGUUGAAUCAUUGCCAAAGAAGUUAGACUCUCAGAUAAGGUCAUCAUAUAGUAAGAUAGAUCUUUUUUUCAUUAAUAUACGUGAACUUAGCUUUGGGUAGUAAUAUCUGUCACUGCAUGUUGUGUCAAUCAUUGUCUUAGUUGUAUUGAAAAAAUCAGUAGAAGUCCACAUAAGAAGGACAUUCAUUACAUUUAAAGUUCACUGAUUAAUCUACUGAUUCUAGAAGUGACAUUUUUUAGUUACUAAGAAAUGCCUGUGCUACCAAACGUUAGCCCAAGAUGUGGUUUUCUGCUAUUAACUAAUGAGAAAAGAAGCUGAAUCAAAAAACCAUACGUAUGGAAAACUAAUGGGGAUUUUUUUGAUGUUGAUAGUUUACAUACAAUAUAGUAAGAAACAAAGUUUAGGAAGUGUGUUUAUUUUAGAAUAUAAACAGUCAAGAUAUUUGAGAUGAAAUAUUUUAUAUUUAAAACUAACUUAAACAUGUCUUUUAAAUUUCUAAACUAUGUUAAAAAAAUGGGGAAAGAAUUAUUUUUCACCAAGUUCCAGGUUAAGAACAAAACGCUGGCCUUAGUUUUGCAUCUGUGGCUUUUGUCCACUAGUCAUAGCCUUAAUGUUAUUUCAAGGCUGUUUUCUCCAAUGAGAAUUAUAUUUGAGCCCUAUUUCUCUGUGCCAUUCAUUAGUAGCAUGUGUCCAUCUCUUUGUACUUACUGUACAACUUAUUUUGAAAUCUGAAGCCUCUGUACAUGUUUGGAGUAAACACCAACAGCAAUGGUAAAAUAUUACAUUGUCUUGCUAUGCACUGUCCGCUUGAAGUAGUAUAUUUUGGCCACUCUGUAUGUAAUUCUGAAAAACAUCCAGAUCCAAAACUUCAUGCCACCUGACCAGCAUGGAGGAAAUGGGCCACUGAAAAAUAAGUUCAGCUCUGGAGGGCUAUGGUUCAAGGCUAACACACUAAAAUCUCAUUACAUGUAAAAUUGUGCUGAUUUCAAUGCUGGUUCUUACUGAAAAUCCUGACUACAUCAUAAAUAUGGGAUUAAGUCUGGAUGAAGUGGAAUAUAACAACAAUAAGAAUUAGUAAAGAUUAACAAAAUUCCCAACUACAUGGUCCUUCAAUGGUCCAAAAUUAGAGUGAAAGUUCUAACACAGGAAAAGGGAAAAAGAAGAACUGUGGGUAGGAAAGGUGAGGAAAUUUAAUGGAAGAGAUGACAAAAAAAAAUAAAUCCACAUAUAUUUCCAACAUAUUUAACAAAACCUAACGCUAGAAUUUCCCUAGCUGGUGAGCCAGUUGGCUUAACAGAUUUGAGCUAGCACACAAGCCAGCAUCAAAGCUGUGUGAACAUUCAAUUGUUUGGGCUUGAGUGCAUUAAAGAUUCAUCUCAUAAAGACAGAAGAAGUGGAUGCAAUUGCAAGCUAUACUUGCUUAGAUCAGUACAAUGAACAGGCUGGAACAGAAAUACUUCAUCUAUGGAGAUCUGGACACAAAUGUUACUUACAUUAUAAGCAAAAGUGAUUUGGCUGGUCUUUAGUGAAGCUGUCAUCUUUUUUUCUUUUUUCCAGCUUCCAAAGCAAUCUCAGGCAAUAAAUACUUGACAGUAGGAAUUGCACUUCCAUUCUAUGUCUAUUCACUCACAUCUCACACAAAGGGCCACUUAACAGCCUUGUUAGAUCCCUGAUACACCACAGAGAACCAAACUUGUUAACAUUUGUGUAUUGAAGCUAUAAAACAUACAUAAUCAAAACUGCUUAUUUGUCUGUUUUGGUCACUGAACUGACUGACCGCUAAGUGGAAACUCCUGUCAGUCUAAAUUGAAGUAGGAUAUAAGGUCUAGUGCUCGUCUCCUGUAAAGCUGAAAGGCUCUUCCUAAUGACAGCAAUGACAAAAAGUACAAUGGCCUCUGAAGACAGAAAAGACUGACAGAAUUCAGAAUGGUAUUAACCAUGAUGGUCAACUAUUCUACAAUUUGAAAACUGUCCACCAAAGACACCAUAUGCUUUCAUUAUUGGCAAAGACAUUUUAUUUGAAUUAGUUUUACUUCUUACAGGUUGUUAGAGUUUGACUUAGCAGACUCUUAUUUCUUGAAAGCAUCUUAUUCAUUGUGUUUGUACUUUUUAACCAGAUUGGCUAUAUUCAUGUUAGCACCGUGAUAGUUGGAAGCAUGCACUACAACCUUUGGUAUGCAUUGCAUUGAUUGCUGAGUACAGACUUGGAGCAAGGGAACCAGCACUAGGUGUUGAUGGUUUCUGGAGCGCUGAAGGGAAUUGCUAACGAAUGAUGUAUUGAGAAGCUUUCUUCCUCUAUGCUUGAUUUUAGCCACUGUUCUUCCAGAGGUGUGUACUACAAAACUUUGACACAGGUGAACAAGUGUUGGCCCUCCUUCCUGAUGGCUACAGUAGUCUACUCUUUUUUCAUCAUCUUAGAAAAGUGGGGCAAAGACUGCUGACUCAACCUCUGAUUUCUUUCUCUUCAUGCCAUUCCAUUCAUUCCAUCCUAAAUUACUUUUCUUACCAGAAGGACAAUUGUAAAGAAAGUCAAAACUCACUAUUCGUGCUCACACUUGCUUCUGACUUCAUAGUAACAUUCAGUAAGAAGGUUUGCAACAUAUCUUUUACCAUUUGACCAUCUCUUUUUAAACCAAGAUGGAAAACAAGUUCAGAAGUCCUUCAAUCUUACUUACCCUUCGGAGGCAGCCAGACUCUGCAUUUCUCUACAUAUCCAGAAGACUGAACUGAUGCAAGGAGGGGUCUCCUUUCAGAAUGGCCCUUGUUGGACUCCUUCUGCUGUGGGGGCAGAUACCGGGGAUUCUUCUUUCCUGUGCACUUAGCUUAGCUCAGCUCCAUUUGGAGGAAAUAUUAUUCUCUCAUCUCUCUUUCUUUUUCUGCCGUUAUCUUCAUGUAACUGCUCUUGAGGCACAAUAGCUGAUUCCAAUUCUUAGCAAUAUAAUACGGUCCUCAGCCCCUCAUAUGGACAGCCUCUGUGUACUUGGCUUUAGCUGUCUUCCCCAUGGUGAAUUUUAAGAUGAUCUUCAUUAGUUCAGAGAGCAAUGUUUACAUCCGCUUACACCUUUUUACCUAAACAAUAUGGUAUCAUGCUAAUGCAAUCUACAAGCCAUGUUUCCUGUUUAGUAACCUGGAAAUGCAAUUGAAAUUUCAAUCAUAAUGUUAAAAAAUGAAUCCUUGCACUCAGGAGGUCAAAGACACAAGAAGUGAAAACAGAAAUGCUCCACUUCCUCUGGAGUCUUGAAAGAAAACAUAUGUUCAGCGAUCAUAUUCCAGAAGAAAACAUGUCUGAGGGACUGCUUUUCCUCUGCAUUUCCUGCCUUCUUGUUCAUUAAACUUGCUGUAAAAUAUUAAUUUGCCUGAAUUUGUACUUUCCAAUGCUGCUAGUUCAGGAAAUGCAGCAUGAAAAGACAGACUUUCCCCUCCAGUCUGGAGGCAAGACAGGGCAGCGAUGUGGAAGUAGCAGAGACAUAUUAGUCAGAAAAUCUGGAACUCCGUUCACAACCUGAAUUAAAUAGAAAGCACUAGUUUAUAAUACUACUUGCAGAUUUCCCUUACCUUUGCUUACCCUCACCCAGUCUACAACCAGCCCAUAUGCCAAAAUCAACCUCAUUUGCUUUCUUCUGAUGUUGAUAAUUUCAACAUCAAGUGAUGCAAAACAUUAUCUGACCCAUUAUCGCUAUCUGCAUUCUUUUUCUUUGUUGCAGUGGUGAAUACCUUACAUCUUCCCACAAAGCAAGGGUCCUUCAAUAUUCAGUCCUACUCUAUGUGUAACAUUAUUAUAUAGACCUUCAUCCAAAUCCAGGACUUUCUUUGGUACAGUUACUUAGCAUGCCAGAAACAGGAAAAAGACAAAACAGACCUGAUUGAUCUACUUUUCUUAUUUGAUAGUAGGUUGGAUUAUCUCCAGAGAUGCUGGCCUGUAAUACGUAGCCAUGUUUUCUAGUCCUUGGAGUAAAACCUGUCCAUCUAAAAAUUAAUAAAGCAAUAAUUUUUGGCAGUCUUGUCCCACAACAUACACACAAGUUACAGUUAUGAUGACCAAAAUACUUAGAAAAAAAAUGGGGAAGAAUACAGGUGUAAUUGCUUCCUGGGGUAAAUGAUCUUCCCUGCUUCACAAAGGUCUAGAACAUACUGCUUGCUUCUGAUCACUUCACAGUCCAAUAACCAAAGAUUGGACACUACUUAACAGCACAGGUAUUUAGAUGGGGAUAACCUGACACAAAAGUAUUGUCUUUUCCACCCAGGGUAUUCAUGCAUAUACAUUUUAAUGCCACAUAACAGGGAAGAUUUGUAGAGAUCUUGCCCCUGCUGUAGCCAUCAACACUUUUGAGCUGUAGCCAGACACAUUAGUCUGCAAGUGAGAGAGAGAAAUUGCUGGCAGGCUGGCUUUCAUCACUCUCUGUACAGCUAAUCACCUAAGCUCAUUUCACUUGGAUCCUAAGGAUCUGCUUUUUAGCUCAGCCUCCUACUCUGAUUUUGGACAUCUAUUGCCUGCCACAGAUUUCACCAGUAGUUCUGACUAAGCAAGUUGAAGCUGCUUGCUGCUAAUGGACAGUGCUCAUAACUCCUCGCAAGUGCAGUACUUUGCAAGAGUCCAAUGUCUUAUGUGUCGUCCAGUUUCAUCUAUCUAGAGCUAGAGUUGACCUAGCAUUUCUCUCUGAUAAUACUGCAUGUUUUCUAACCUAAUAAGACAUGUCUUCUAUUCUCUUAAUGUCUGCCUUGUAAAUAUAUGCCUGUCCCUCACUGGCUAUGUGAUAAAAGUCAUUUGUGAAUCUUAUGUAGGCCAGGAUCGGGAAAUAAUAAUGAAAUGGAAUAAAAUUAAUGCAAACCGAGGCCUAGGAUUCAAUUGCUUUUGUUUUUGCUAGCUGUUUUCCUUAAAUCCUAGCCUGCAGCUAUAUAGUACUGUAUAUUAUAAAAAGAAGUAUUACAGAGUUAGAGGUGAAUACGUAUACAGACACACAUGUGGGUGAGUACACACAUAUAUAUAUACACAGACCUCCCUAUAACACAGGUGGAUGUAAGACUUAUAAACCAUAUUCUCAUCUCAUUUUUGAUGACACUGUUACUUUCUGCACUGUGCCUUAUGCUUUGGACACAAAUAACACCCUGCUCCUGAACACAAAUAACAUUGUGCAGAACCCUUUACUUAGUCACGUGCAAAAUUGUUGGGAUGCCAAGAUUCAUCUUAGCUGUCUAUUAGCUUUUGAUCAUUGGAAAGGAACUCCUGAAGUGGUCUGAAAAAUUAUCUCUGACUUAGCUGUAGCCCGACCCCUGCCCCACCACACCGUACCAAACAGCACAACAGCACGUCAUGCGAAGGCACUGGUCGUGUCCCACUGACUAGGAGAUACAGCAGUCUCAGAUACAUAAAAUCCUAAAAGCUAGGAAUUUUGUCUCAUUCAACAAGAAGUCCUUCAAGAUGUUCCAUGUGGAUCUCAACAUGUUAACUUCUGUGUAAAGUACGAGAAAAUGUCUGUGGCUUCCUGUAUGAUAUUUUUUUCAUUGUUUCUGCAUACAUAACUGCUGUCAUUUUAUUAAAGUGGCUGAACAGUUGUUUGCUGCUGUUCUUAUCAGCAAUCUUUGACCAGCCUGAAACAGAACCAUUGCCAGGGUGUCUUUUAAUUAAUGAUUAACACCCACAAAGAUCUUUGAUGGUAAUUAGUCCUGUAUAAAAGUAAUUGUGGCUAUAAUUCAGGCAAAUCCAGGAUGAAAAUGACAGCACAUGCACACAGAGCAGUGAGAGUGGAGAGAGCUCUUUCAAAACCUCUGGCAUGUGCUCUUUCCCUCUUCGCAGUGUGCUUCCUCUGGUGGGGGACAUGCACGCAUGCUACAGAACUAAGAAAGCAGCAGAAGAAAUGGUGUAUUCCUUCCACGAGACUUAAGAAUGUGUAUUUGCUAUAGGAAAGCCAACUCUAUACUAAAAUUAAACAAACAAAUCCAAGCAACUUGCAAUUCUUUUUUUUUUUUUUCCCCCAUGUAUUCUAUGAGUUGAUAAACUGAACACCAGUCUAUACCAGACCUUUGGGAGGAGGCUAUGAAAGUUUAGCAAUGCCCGCAUGACAGUACUUUUGGAAAGCAGCAAGUCUUUCCCCACAUACUCACUGAGACUGUAGCCUGUAGUUUCUAAUUGUGAUUAUGAAUGGACAGUUUCAAGUAGAAUAUUCUUGUUCAAUUUCAAAGUAGUAGCAGGUAGUACUACUUUCUAUAUAGAUAUUUGUAAUCAUAGAUUAAAAUCUGUGAAGGUUUAGAAGGAAAAAGCAUAUUAAAAUUUGGUACAGAACACAACCUCCCAUCAUCUGCUUCAGACAAACUUCCCAGCUCUUCCCUGUUUCUUCCUGCCACAGAUCCCUUCUGAUACAGUGACUGAUUUCAUUACUGUUUCACUAGUGAAAUGAAAGGUUUUACAGACAUUUGCGACAUAAAUGAGAGCAGGCAUGAUACCAGCACUGUAGGAAAGCCAGCUUAUAUAUAAGAGUUAAAAAAAAUGCACGAAGCUGCUAGUGACUGCCUUUGUUGUCUUCCUAGUGGUUUAGGAUCCUACAAACUGUUAUGUGAAACUAGUAGUGUACGUGUUAACUGAUCCCUGUUUAAAUCAGUGAAGCAAUUUGCAGGAUCAGAAUCUUGGCUUUCUCUUUCAAAAAUACUGAAUACAUAAUUGUGUAUACAGUCAUAAUGGAAUUGCUGUUUUGAGAAAAAUGUGUUCUUUUAGCCCUUAUUUUUAACAUGAAUAAUUUUAGCCUGUUUUUUUCCUGUGAAUGUAAGGUUUCCCAAACAGUAAAAGGAUUUUUAAUAGCAUCCCAUACUACAAGCUGUUUUCUAUAGAAUAUCAUAUUAAAAAUCCCAGUUAGAACUCUUUUUAAAAUUGCUGUAUUACCCUCAGCUACAUAACACUGUGACAACUAAAUUGUAUCUCAUACUUGACCUCAAAUACAUGCAACAACGUACUAUACACGAAGAGGGUCCCCUGUGGAGAGUCAGCCAAGUCACGACAGUCACACCAAUAUGGCUACAUGCCGCGCUCACUUUAUUAAACAAACAGGUCAUAUUUAUAACUUAAACCGACCGCUCACCCGACUUUACACACAGGUGAUUGGAUAAAAGUCUCUGGGCCGUGUGGGGUCUGUGUCGCUGACUGGUGAGCAAGCUGCGGGUGCCUGAUCAGAGUGUGCCGAAGACAGUGUGUUGAUUUCGCGGUUCCCAGGACUUGCUCUGCACCUGCCUUCUUGUCUGUGCAUAGCUUGUUUUCUUUCUCCCACUGCUUGUUCCCAGGACAAUUUAAAACUGCUCUGCAGCUUCAACUAACAGGCCUGGGCUGUCCAACCCAGACAAUGGUAACAUAUGUCCUCGGUCCUUUCAAAAUCCCUCUACAUACACAUAAUUAGGUUUGGGGUUUUUUUAAGUGGGCAGUUUCCUUUGCAGUGUAAUAACAUACGUGCAGAAGUCAGGCAUCAAGGAUGAGCUACUGAAGGUAGAUCUCUUUGGCUUCACUGUAAUUCAUUUGCAUUGUCAGGUUACUGAUUUUCUUAAAAACUUGUUACAAUUUCCUAAUGCUGAGCAACAGAAGGAAGCCAUGUAUUCUUUCCUAGAUUUUUGUGAACUGUUUUCUGUUCCUGGUUUCUCCUACUAAACUUUCACUCAAAUUUCCAGCUGCUCUGAGCCAACUAGGAAUAAAAUUUUUCAACUGUCUUUACUGUACAGAAGCGCAGGUGUGUUAGUGUGCAUAUGUUGUCAAGAAAAUCAUAACCAUUUCUGCCAGUCUCCAUUUCUUAAUGAAAGGAAACAUGUACAUUGUGUGUACAGUAAUGAGCUACUUUGAAGUUAAAUUCCCAUUUAUAUAUGUUUACUUCCAGAUCUGCUAAUCUGCAACAAGAUCUUGGCAAUGGUCCUGACCUCUCUUUCUCUCUUUGUUUUCUUUACUGCUGUGUGUGAUCUCCUGCAAAGCAGGUUGCAGCCAUCACUGUAUGUGUUUGCAUGUAUGUGCUUUGAUAAAUUCUCUCUUUUGGAGUUGUGAGUUUUUCAUUUCAAGUCCAGCUGGUACAAUUGUGAACUCUUCUUUCCAGUAUGCUCCUCUUUUUCAGAUUGCCAAAUUCCAAAAUGUUUGACCAAGUGUUUUAAUUAAGUCCUCUUAGGAAAGCUGUCUGUAUAUUUGUGAAAGGGCAUGCUCUGUGUAGGAUGACUGUGUACAGUAUAAGUCUAUAAAACGUGGAAGUGUUUAUAAAUUUAUCUGCCAAAUGUUUAUCAUCCAUGUAGCAAAUGCAAAGUUAUUUAAUGUACAUCACAUUAAUAAAGGGGUAUUUUUUGCUCCACUAUAUUCAAAUAAAGAUUUGUUCUCUGCAAUGAAUACA